AGAUAUUAUUGUGACAAAAAUUAUGUUCACACAAUUGUCAAAAGGCAAAAGGAUAAGCAGGCAACCCCAGUUGUCAAUUCUGAGAGAGAGAAAUAGAAAAGAAAGAAAUGGCUGAAGCAAUUCCAAGAAUUACUUGGAACACCAAAUUCUCAAGCUCUUCUUCCAUUUAUCAUCUCUCUCCUAAUUUCCAUCUCUUUUCCACCAAUAUCAAGAGAUCACAACAUCUCAGCAAUGGCAGUUUCAGUCCUAAUGCAAGAAUUCUCUGCGAAGCAGCUAGCUUGGAAGGAGCAAAAACAGCCCCAACACAGAUCAAGAAACCGAAAAACCGAUAUGAAAUGGUAAACUUGACAACAUGGCUGUUGCAGCAGGAACAAGCAGGCAACAUAGAUGCAGAAUUAGCCAUAGUUCUUUCAAGCAUAUCACUAGCCUGUAAGCAAAUCGCAUCGCUUUUACAAAGGUCCAGUAUUGUUAACAUUACUGGAACUCAAGGCACUGUUAAUAUCCAAGGUGAAGAUCAGAAGAAACUUGAUGUUAUAUCCAAUGAGUUGUUCUGCAAUUGUCUAAGAUCAAGUGGGAGGACAGGGAUUAUCGCAUCAGAGGAAGAAGAUGUACCUGUGGCAGUUGAAGAAACUUAUUCUGGAAAUUAUAUUGUAGUGUUUGACCCCAUUGAUGGAUCUGCUAACAUUGAUAUUGCAUUAACCACUGGAUCAAUUUUUGGAAUUUAUGGUCCAGAUCAGCAAUGCCUUGUAGACCUGGAUGACGAUUCGACGAUUGAUCAAGCCAGAGAGAAGUGUCUAGUCAGUGUUUGCCAGCCAGGGAACAAUUUAAUAGCAGCAGGAUAUUGUCUUUAUUCAAGUUCAGUGGUCUACACACUCUCGGUAGGAAACGGAGUAUAUGCAUUUACUUUAGAUCCUGCAUAUGGAGAAUUUGUUUUGACACAUGAAGAUAUCAAAAUACCAAAGGCUGGAAAAAUCUAUUCCUUUAAUGAGGGAAACUAUGAUCUCUGGGAUGAGAAAUUGCAGAAUUAUCUUGACCACUUAAAGAAACCAGGUCCUAAUGGCAAGCCAUAUUCAGGCCGUUACAUAGGUUGCCUGGUGGGUGAAAUCCAUAGAAUGUUGUUAUAUGGCGGGAUUUAUGGAAAUCCUAAUAAUAAGAACAGCAAGAAUGGGAACUUGAGGCUGCUGUACGAGUGUGCCCCAAUGAGCUAUAUUGUAGAACAAGCUGGUGGCAAAGCAACAGAUGGCAACCAAAGGAUACUGGAAAUCAUGCCUGAGCAGAUACAUCAGCGAACGCCUAUUUUUAUUGGAAGCCCAGAAGAAAUUGAGAAGCUGGAAAAGUACCUUGCUUGAGAGCUAUCUCAUUUGAUGUAUCAUCUGAUGUGAUGCAAUUUAUGUACAAUAAACAUUUUAGUCUAUCAAACGGGAAAAAUGUACCUAAGAGGUUUCAAUGUUA